CCUGGGCUCUUUGUGGGGCCGCGAGCUCGGUGGAGAACCGAGAGCUCCGUCUGCUUUGCUGACGCUGCUGGCAGUGGGGCUGUCUCCGGGAGGCGGACCGGCGAACGCCCAGUGCCCACACUCGGCAGCCUGCCGCGCCUGUCUGCGCCCGUGACAUCCUUACCCGAGACGCAGUGACCGUGUUUAAAUCACAAGGGCGUGGGUCAGGCUCCCCUAGGACUUCAUGUCUGUAUAUUUCCCCAUUCACUGCCCUGACUAUCUGAGAUCGGCCGAGAUGACUGAGGUGAUGAUGAACACCCCAUCCAUGGAGGAAAUUGGCCUCAACCCCCGAAAGGAUGGCCUUUCCUAUCAGAUCUUCCCUGACCCGUCAGACUUCGACCGCUGCUGCAAACUGAAGGACCGUCUGCCCUCCAUCGUGGUGGAGCCCACAGAGGGGGAAGUAGAGAGCGGGGAGCUCCGGUGGCCCCCCGAGGAGUUCUUGGUCCAGGAGGAUGAGCAGGACAACUGUGAAGAGACACCGAACGAAGACAAGGAACAGUAGGGUCCACGCCGGCUCCCACAGGGUCACACCAGACAGCAUCUGUACCCGAACUGUGUUCUUUCCCGCUACCAUGGAAGGAGAGCAUGAGCCACAAUAGUUCUGAAAAAGUCAGAUGAUGGCUUCCGUUUUGCACCUGCAAAUCACUGAGUUGGUUUUCUUUUCUUUUCUUUUCCUUUUUUGAGAUGUCGGGCAGCGGAGCCCUCUGCGACAACACGCCAGACCUUUGAGAAAGGAAGCUGCUUAGAGCAGGGGUUGGGGGGUGCGGGGAGGUGGGCGU